GCCCUGAGUGAACAGCGCAGAACACUCGUUGUUGUGAAGCCAUGGUGAUGAAGUGUACUCCUGUGUGCCUUGUGGCACUGGCCUUGCUUGGCAGCUUAUGUGAUGCUCAGUGGGGAGGAGCUCUUCACAAGCCCUCAAAACCUAAAUACCAGAAGCCAUCGCCACCGGUGAGACAGGAGCCCAAACAGGUGCCUCACGAUCCCCAACAGUCAAAGCAGACAUUUGAGAAACCACUCACCUGGACAUACCCUGAAGAUCCCAAGCCCGAGACCCAACCAGAGGUGCCUUUCGAGCUGAGACACCCCGUUCCUGCUGCAACUGUUGCUGUAAUGUGCAGAGAGAAAGAUGCUCAUGUUGAAGUCAAGAAAGACAUGUUUGGUAUCGGCCAGUUCAUCAACCCUGCAGAUCUUACCCUGGGAGCCUGUGGUGCUGUCGCAGAGGACACCGGUGCUCAAGUAUUGAUUUUUGAAGCUGAGCUCCAUGAUUGUGGCAGCAUAUUGACAAUGACAGAAGAAUCCCUCAUCUACACCUUCACUCUGAACUAUGAUCCCCAACCUGUGGGUGGUUCUAAUGUGGUGAGGACUUCCAAAGCUGCUGUCAUUGUUGAAUGCCACUACCCAAGGAAGCACAAUGUGAGCAGCCUUCCUCUUGACCCACACUGGAUCCCAUUCUCUGCGGUUAAGGUGGCAGAGGAGUUCUUAUACUUCACCCUGAAACUCAUGACUGAUGACUGGCAAUAUGAGAGGCCAAGUUACCAGUAUUUCCUGGGAGAUUUGAUCAAUGUUGAGGCUACAGUCAAGCAGUACUUCCAUAUUCCCCUCCGUGUUUAUGUGGACAACUGUGUAGCUACUCUUGCACCUGAGUUGAACUCCAACCCCAGAUAUGCCUUCAUUGAGAACCAUGGGUGUUUGGUUGAUGCGAGGCUCACAGGCUCUGCCUCAAAGUUCAUGGCUCGCACUGCAGAGAACAAGCUUCAGUUCCAGUUGGAGGCCUUUAGAUUCCAGGGUGCUGACAGUGGACUGCUCUACAUUACUUGCCACUUGAAAGCAACAUCCACUGCCUAUGCCAUCGAUACUGAACAUAGAGCUUGUUCCUACAUAAGUGGGUGGAAGGAGGCCGCCGGUGCUGAUGCAGCUUGUGGCUCCUGUGAGUCUGGUGGAUUUGGAUCAUCUGGCACUUCAUCUGGUGUAAGUGGUUCCUUUGGCAGUGGCGGUGGAUCAACCUCUCUGUCUACUCCUGGAAGGAAGAGCCGUGAUGUGUCCCAAACUGAAAUUUUCGAAUGGGAAGGUGAUGUCACCCUGGGUCCCAUCCCUAUUAAUGAGAAAGUGAUUGCUUAACUCACUUCCCUGCCAUGGCAUUAACCAUCUAAAUAAACAUUCUCAUUGGUUCAUA